AGGUGAACGUAUGACUGGCUAAGCCUAGUGAAUGGCCAUGGGCGUUAAAAGAAUCCCUGGUUCAGAGCAGACUGUAUUCAACCGAGCCACUUUAAGAACAGAUAAAUUGCACCAAGCUCAAGAAAACGUUAUGGAUGCUGUUAGUAAAGCGACUCCGAAACACCAUGAAAUAGAGAACUUUCAACGUUAUGCUGGUUUUGGAAUCGGUAUUGCGAGUCUACUAACCGAAAAUGUUUUGUCUCAUCCACUGAUUGCUUUCAGGAGACAAUGUCAGGUCAAUUGUCAGAGCUUUCGCUAUCACCUGACUCCAUUCACUGUCAUCCAAGUUAUGACCACUCUGCAAGGAAAUCAGGGAUUUACAGCAUUAUGGAAAGGCAUUCCAAGUACAAUAAUGGUGCAGGGCCUUGGUAUGGUGACAGAGACUGUAAUCAGUGAAGUAACACCAUUUCCAAAAGAUAUACAUUCACAAAGUUCAUUGAAGCAAUUUGCAGGUCAUGUGAUACUGAAAGUAAUCAGCAGUGUCAUAACCCUGCCAGUGUAUGCUGCUAGUCUUGUGGAAACAGUUCAGAGCGAAAUUGCAAGUGAACGCCCAGGACCUUUUGAUUGCCUCCGUGAGGGAUUUUGUCGCGUGACUGGCUGGGGCGUGCCACAUACAGCACGUAUGAUGCCUCUACUGUCACUUGUCGUACCAGCAACAGCCACAACUCUUGUGCGAUAUAUUCUCACCUCAGCAAUCCAAUAUACAACGCUAUAUUUUAUCCAUCAACAUCAGCGUAAGAAGUACAUGGAAAAGAAUGAUGGAACACCUCCCGCCAGAUCCAUGCUAGAUGCCUACUUUCCUGAACUAUUCUCAGCUUUUACAGGACAUUUUAUCGUUGAUAUGGCCUUAUUUCCUGUUGAAACUGUCCUCCACCGAUUACUGCUCCAAGGGACGAGAACAAUUAUAGAUAACACGGAUGACGGAUUGUCAGUUCUUCCAAUCACCACUCAGUAUUAUGGAUUUUGGGAUUGUUUUACUGUCAUACAUUAUGAGGAGGGUGUGUCUGGAUUCUAUAAAGGUUUUGGAGCGCUUUUACUGCAGUAUGCAAUCCAUGCGGUAAUUCUCAAGUCAACAAAAUUUGUAUACACAAAGUUAGCAGAGGAGUUUGGUAUGGACAAAUCAUGAGUUCUAUUCCAGAAUUUUACAUGAAUUCCAAGAUUGAACACCAAAGUUACAACUAUGAAAAUCGAACAGUGCAAGAUUGUUUUGCUUAGACUACUUUUAUUAAAGAAAUUUAUGAGGUUGAAGUACUAAAAAUACAGUACAAUAAAAUACAUUAUAAAGUCACUUGACAAUAUUUAGUCCAUUGCAUAAACAGCUAAUCAUGUUGGGAAAGAUAACAUUUUAUUAAAAUAAAAUUAGAAUAUAUUUUUAUGUAAUCAAUUUGUAAUCAAAUUUUUUGGUCAUGUUAAACAUGUGGAACUAUUAAAAUUUCCUUUAAUUUUAAUAUUUUUAACAUAAUGAUAAUUAAUAUUUUGAUUUUGUAUGGAUUAUUUGUUAUUAAUUAUUCUGGUUUAUUGGUCAUUAUGUUAUUAUUGACAAUGACUGAAUAACUUACAAGUAAACAACUAAAAAGCUGGUGUUGUGUUCCAACAAAUCACUAAAAGAGUGUGAACAUUAUAGUAUAAUAAAGAUGCAUUACAAUUUGGUUUUAAUGUUGCAUUCAUGAAUAAACCCAUAGUUGGUGAUUUGAGUGCCCAAUUCUGAAUCCGAUAUGACAUGCCAGAAAUGAAUUGUGUAAAUUUAUAAAUAAAAAAAUGUAUUACAAUUUUAUUUGAAUUUAUAAAGAUAAAAAAAUCUUUAUAUAAUUUUGUUUUAUCUAUAAAAAAAAUUAUAGUUAAUCAUCUAGGAGUUACCAUGUACUAUGUUAUAAUUUCAACAUUUUAUUGUUUGUAUUAUCUACCCCUUGGAUAUAGAUACUGUAGGUUUCAGAAUACAACAUUGUACAAUUGUGUGUUUA